ACUUGUUUUUUAUGCCCUACAUUAGCGAGGUUGCGUGCUGCGGAAUGCUGAUCCGCUCUUAAGUUUAGCUGCAUUACCCCGCGCAUAACUAGACGAGAUUAGAGUGAACACGGAGAACAAAACACAAUAAGCAAUAUGGGAUCCGUAUCAGCACUACCAGUGGUAGAAUCCUGCCUCGUAGCGCCGAGUGACGAGACGCCGCGGCGAGGGCUGUGGCUCUCCCCGCUGGACCUGGUCCUGGCCACUCGAGGUCACACCCCGCUCGUCCACGUCUAUGGUGCCAGCGACGUCGCCGGCUUCUUUGACGUGGCCAGGCUCAAGGAGUCCAUGGCGAAGGCGCUGGUGCCCUUCUACCCGCUCGCCGGCCGCCUCGGCGCGGAUUCCGACGGCCGCGUCCAGAUCGACUGCAACGCGGAGGGCGCGCUCUUCGUGGUCGCCCGCUCCGAACACACCGUCGACGACUUCAGCGACCCGUCCCCGUCACCGGAGCUAACCAAGCUCUUCGCUCCUCGCGUUCAACCGCCAUCCGUUAUGUUGGCCAUACAGGUGACCUUCUUGAGGUGUGGCGGUGUGGUGUUUGGGACAGCGGUGCACCACGCCAUCGUAGACGGCUCCAGCAUGUUCCACUUCACCCGGACGUGGGCGAGCUACUGCAGGUACGGUGACGGCGCCGCCGUAGCAGAGGCGCCCCCGUGCCACGACCGUGCCCUCCUGCGCGCCCGCUCCCCGCCCUUCAUCCACCCGGAGACCAUCCCCAUGUUCUGCAGCAACCUGACCAUGCACGACUCGCCAGCCACAUCCGUCCUCGGGACAGAGGUCUUCACCAUCUCCGGUGAGCAGCUACAUGCCCUCAAGCGCCACUGUGAUGGCGCCAGCACGUUCUGCUCCGUGAGCGCCAUGGUGUGCCGGUGCGUGUGCGUGGCCCGCGAGCUGGACCUGGACGCCACCACGCGCAUGAACUUCCCCGUGGACAUCAGGCGCCGCCUCACGCCGCCUCUCCCGGACGGCUACUUCGGCAACGGGGUCGUCAACGUGUUCGCCACCGCGUCCGUGAAGGACGUGGUGUCGGGGACGCUGGCCUCCGUCGCCUUCCGAGUUAAAGCCACGACGGAGCGGCUCAACGACGACGACGUGCUGAGAUCGGCGGUGGACUACUUCGAGACGACGGCGGAGAAAGGCAUGCGGGCGGCGGAGGACAGAGGGAACCUGCCGGAGACGGAGCUAAGGAUGAACAGCUGGUUCCACAUGCCCAUGUACGACACCGACUUCGGGUGGGGGAAGCCGCGCAUGACAACGCGGGCGGAGGCCGUGCGCGGCGGGUGGGUGUACCUGCUGGCAGCAGGUGGCGGCGGCGCGCGGGUGCUCCUCUCCUUGGAGGCGGCUACUCUCAGGAAGUUCGACGUUGUUUUACGCCGAGUUCUAGCCAGCGAACGUGCUAGACUGUGACGACCAAAUUGCUUUGCUCCCGCCUCCCGCGCGCUUGUCAUUUCUAUUGCGCACGACACAAUGUCAUGGCUUUUGCUUCAGUCCCUCGAUAUCCCUUCGUGGGCCAACAUAUCCCUCAAACUCUUCGCUUCCUGAUCCGCCCGUCUCUACCUAGCUA